AUGCCUCAUAAGGGGAAAGCUAAGGUUCUGCCGGAAGCACCGUCGCUGGAUGCUCCACCUCCAUCGCCUGCUCCUGCUUCUUCUACACCUGCAAGCAAGGACAAGGGCAAAGCACCGGUGGAUGACUCCAACAACGUGUCUCUUAUUGAUGCACCUGCUAGCGGAUCUAGCAUCUCUCUGGAAGAGAAGCUACGCUCUCUUCGCACGACUAUUCUUGAUAGCGGCUUCAUCGAGGACGAUUCUGAUGAAGAACUGAAAGUCAAAGUCAAGACGGAGGCUCUUCACCGCGUCCGCUGCACGGCGAUUCUGCUGUUACCUAUGGCUCUCGCGCUGGAAGUGGCGUCGGUCAUCACCACUGUGCGGACGCUGUUGAGGCGGGUCUGGGCGUCCUCGCUAUCUGACGGAGCUUUCGAGUCAGCGAAGUUCCAUGAACUCCUUCCAGCAUACGUGGCGAAGACCCGGUAUUGUCGUCUGCAGGUGUCGCUCUUUCGUGAAGACGAUAUCAUGAGCAUCAGAACCAAGGAAGUGGACUACACACAUCCCAACGGCACGGUGUUUCGACUCUACUGGCAACACACUGAUGAUCCCGCUUUCGUGCGGGAACGGGCAACAAAUCCUCAGGCGGUCGAAGUGAUCAUCCGCGACGUACCUGCGACGAAGAUACCGGAGAUGUUGCGGGAGCGGAUGGUGGUCUACAAGCUGAGGAACAGGAGGUGUUCUGCGUUCAAGGAUGGCGUUUGCUUCCACUGCGUCCUGCACCCGGUCACUGGCGCCGAUACUGACAUCAUCAAGGGAUUGGUGAUCCCUCAUCCAGGAGAUAGGCACCCCACUUCUCUGCCUGCCUCGCGGCUGAUCACACCCAUUCUGCUGGACCCGACCAUUGUGCUGAUCUCUAAGGGAGGCAAUCGCGAAGAAUGGAUCUGCACGCAAGUGGGGUGUGGGAAAGCGAAAGGGAAGAGCUUCAUGACGGCGGCCGACCACAUCACGUCUGCCAAUCAUCUCAUCCAUCUGGAGCAGUUCGGUUCAGCCACUCGUGCCUCUCUCGAAAAGGCCAGCCUCAACAUCACCAAGAAGGAAUACGGGAACUGA